UUUUUCAUUUGCCCCGAACGCAAGCAAAGAAAAUUUACGAUACCUUCCUUCCUCAGCAUAAAAAUACAAGCAAAAAAAGAAAUAAUAAAAAAAAGAAAAUAUAUACAAGAAGAAAACCACAAUAUUUAAACGCGUUAAUACGGUACGGUACGAUUGCGCUUGAAAACCCCCUCCUUAUAUACAAAACAAAUUUUUUAAAAAAGCCAAAUGUUGAAUUCGUGAUAAAUUUAUGUGAAAAAGAGAAAAAAGUCAAUAAAUUUAAACGUAAAUUCAAAAAUAUCUACAAAAAAGAAUAAAAUCCAAAUAAUUCGCAAGUGCUUUUACCUAAAUGCAAUACGAAGAUUAACGAAUUUAUAGAAAAGUUUUACCAAGUUGUUGAAAUAUUUUGAAAUGUGACUAAUUUUUAUUUUAUAUAUAACACACUAACAAACAACAACGCAAGCAAAAAGUGUUCUUUACGACGACAACAACAACAACUACAUUUUACAGCAAGUGAAAGAAGUAUACAAAAAAGCAAAGCUGUUUAUUGCAAAUUUGCAAAUCUAAACAAAAAGCAAAAACUUUUUUUGAGUUUUUUAAUAAUUUCAACGCCUUGGACGUUCUUGAUUUGAUUUGAGUUUGAUUUAAAUAUCAAAAUAACUGUUCUCGCGUUUUUAUCCCCCAAGGAUUAUAUUUAAAUUAAAUCAAGAAAGUGUUACGCAAUACAAAAAUUGCCUCCACAGACAAAAUGAGUGCCAUAGAUAAUGGAAAAUAUCGCCUGAAAAAAGAUUGGGCCAGUGUCUCGAUACCAUCAUUGGUCGAUAUCGAUGAAAAUGCGGAUGAUGAGAACGAGAGUGGAAUUAAUGUCACCGAACCAGCAUUGCCACCACAAAAGCCGCCCAGAAGAAGUUCGCUGGCAUUGGGUUUAUUCUCUAGCAAAUCGGAUAAAAGUCAAAAGAGACGAAGCUCCAUAGCAGUUUCAUUCUUUCGUCGUGAUAGCAACAAGCAUUCUUCCAAAGAUUCCUAUGAAUCAGCUGUCAAACAUGAGAAAAGUGAUGGCUCCAUUACACCCAUAUCACCUGAUAUAGUUUACAGCUCGGAAGAGAAUAUACGCUCUUCGUCCCCCAAUGAACCCGGCAAAGUCACCUAUUUCGAUGACGGCACAAAUGUGCGCAGUGCUGUCAAGGGCAUUGGCCUUAACAGCAGUCCCUAUGAUACACCCAUCGAUAAAGAACGCAAUCGUCGAAGACGUAGUUCUUUGCAAACAAAGUUAGACAGACGUCGUCGUAAGAAUUUCGAGGUUAGCUUUUCCACUCUCGAACAAGGUUCGCAAGAGGCAAAUGGCUUACAAACCGAUUUGGCCAAUGAUAGUACGACCGGCAUCGGCUCAUCCACAGGCGAUAUUAGCUAUGACGAUAUCGAUCCCAAUCACUCGGCCUACUUCCCUAGGCAAAAACGCCACUCAUGGUGGAAUAUAUUCGUACCAGAUAAUAUUAAAAACAGGUCACGUAGGGCUAGUCAAGAUGUUUCGCUUAUGUCACGCAGUUUUGAUAAUUUAUCAAUUCCAGUACGCCGGAGUAAAUCACGCAGUGUUGAUCACGGCCUUGCGGCGCCAUUCGAUUUGGAUUCGUUGCGUUCAAAAGUCGAAGGACGCUUUGAAAGUGUUGACAGACUAUCAAAUGAACGUAAGAAAUCUUCACUACCCACUAUUCCCACCAUCAAUUAUACGGUGGGCAAUCGCGAUACAUUGACCUCGGUUGCAGCCCGUUUCGAUACAACCCCAUCGGAAUUGACACAUUUGAAUCGUUUGAACAGUUCGUUCAUCUAUCCCGGUCAACAGCUGUUGGUACCCGACAAGAGUGCCAAAGACAAUGUCUCUACCACCAGUUCUGCCGACGAUAAAGCCGGUGGCUCCAGUGCUUCGGGAAAAUCGAGCCCAGUUGAUCGCAAAUUAUCGGUGGAGGAACAAAAUGACGUCGAUGAUAUUUUGGAUAGCUUACGCCCCGGUUCACCCAAGCCAGGUCACAUUGAGCGUGUUGAUCCGGCCGGCCGUGCCGAGGGCGGCAAUGAUCCGGUCAUUACACAACGUUUCCUCAAGAUCAAUGUACGCCAUAUAACCGAUGGACAAGGUGUUGUGGGUGGCGUUCUAUUGGUCACACCAAAUGCUGUUAUGUUCGAUCCCAACGUAUCCGAUCCUUUAGUUAUUGAGCAUGGUCCAGAGAGUUAUGGUGUCAUUGCUCCUAUGGAAUUGUGUGUGAAUGCUGCCAUAUUUCAUGAUAUUGCUCAUAUGCGCGUAUCUGGUGGAAUUGCCGAUGAGUCAAAUUCAACAGAGAAACCUGAAAUUUAUUAUCCAAAAUCAGUAUUAGACGCCCAAAAGGCCAAAGGGGAAGGUGCGGAUGCCGUGGACGGCAAACAAGCUGAGGGAGAAGAUGACAAAGACAAAGAAGAGCAGCAACCACUUAAAACCGAUGAUCAAGUGUCGAUUUGUUCUGGUUCAGAGAAAAAUGAUGAAAAAACUACGGAAGCCAAAGAAAGCACGAAGACUGAUGUCGAUGGGGCCAGUACUGGUACCAAUGACACCGAGGACGAUGAGGGAAAGAAAAAUCUCAAUAUAGCCGAUACUCGUACCACUUUAGAAGAAAGACGCAAAAGUUUACUGGAUCACCAUUGGGCCAUACCCAGUAAAGAUCGACUAUGUUUAUCUAAUUCCCGAAGAUCCUCGGAAGAUGAGGGAGACAAUGAGUCAAAUACAACGGCUGAUAGUGGGGCACGUGGUCAGGAACCACAUUCGGCCACAUCAUCCAUUAGCGGUAUUAUGGCCAACUUGGCCAGUGGCGUAGUUAAUGCCGGCGAUCUGGAACAAUUGGAGCAAUUGUCAAAACAAUCAUGUUACGACUCUGGCAUUGACAUACGUGAUCCCAUACCAAAUGUUCAACCGAUACCAAAGAAAACAGUUUAUAGUGAUGCCGAUAUUGUAUUAAGUUCUGACUGGGUGCCACCAAAACCGAUUUCAUCGAUUACACCGCUCGGUGAGUCGCCACCACGCACCAGCGGCUUGGAUGCCGGUGCUGUGGCCGGUGCCCGCAAAAAGACUUCAAGUGUCAGCUUUAGUGUGGACGACAACAAUGAGACCGCACAACCAGCACAAGCUCAAACCCAAGCUGACAAGAAUGCUGCAGACAAAAAGAACAAGAUGCUGAAGCGUUUGUCUUAUCCCCUGACUUGGGUUGAAGGUCUUACCGGUGAUGGUGCUCCAGUUUCUGGUGGCAGUGUAGGCAAGUCACAAGAUACCGAAUCAGCCCCUAAUACCGGCGAUUCCAAUCAAAGUGUAUUCUCAAAAGUAUUCUCAAGUUCGCCCAUUACUUUGGUCUCAGAGUUGGGUGGCAAUUUAUUUUCCAAAACACCGUCCGAAGAUUCGAGUGGCUCUCCGGUGCCACCUUUGACACCACAUUCUACUCAUUCCGAGGGUCAUUAUUCGACUGGACGUUCCUCUAUUGGUACUUUUAUACGUCCAUUAUCUUCGGAGGGUACCUCAUCUACUACAAAAUUAAAGGACACAAAACCACAGCCGAAAUUGGAUUACCGUUCAAUGGUUUCAGUAGAUGACAAACCUGGCCUGUUUGUCAGUGUCGACAAACUUAUACCAAGACCUGCGCGCGCUUGCCCAGAUCCACCAUUGUAUUUGCGCUUGAGAAUGGGCAAACCAGUAGGCAAAGCCAUACCUUUGCCCACCUCGGUAAUGUCGUAUGGCAAAAACAAAUUGAGACCAGAAUACUGGUUUAGUGUACCUAAAAAUCGCGUUGACGAAUUAUACCGUUUCAUAAAUACCUGGGUUGCUCAUCUCUAUGGCGAAUUGGAUGAGGAACAAAUUAAAAAUCGUGGCUUUGAAUUGAUACAAGAUGACACCGAAUGGACUCAGAGUGGCACCACGAAAUCCGGAGCUCGCACCGGCAGUCAAGAGGGUGAAGAAAUAAGUGAUCUAACAAGAGAAUCUUGGGAGCUAAUUAAGGCUCCAUUUGCCAAGACCUACAACAUUAUUAAAACGGCAUCAAAUGCCGCAUCUGCUGAUUUGGAUUUAUUAAGCGGCGAGGUGCUGUCUAUGAGCAAUGAUGAUUACCGCAAAUCAUCAAUAUUCCAAACAGGAUCGUUUGAUUUAGAUUUCCCAAUACCUGAUUUAAUUGGAACAACAGAGAUUCUAACGGAAGAGCAUCGUGAAAAACUUUGUGGCCAUUUACCUGCACGCGCUGAAGGCUACUCCUGGUCAUUGGCCUUUAGUACAUCUCAACAUGGAUUCUCAUUAAAUUCGUUAUACCGAAAAAUGCAAAGGCUUGAGAGCCCCAUACUUAUAGUUAUACAAGACACAGAACAGAAUGUAUUCGGCGCCUUAACGUCAUGUUCCCUGCAUGUGUCUGAUCAUUUUUACGGUACCGGCGAAUCAUUGUUGUACAAAUUCAAUCCCAGCUUUAAAGUUUUCCAUUGGACUGGUGAAAAUCUGUACUUUAUCAAAGGCAACGUUGAAAGUUUGUCAAUUGGUGCUGGCGAUGGUCGUUUCGGUCUGUGGCUUGAUGGUGAUCUAAAUCAAGGCCGUUCCCAAUCCUGCAGUACAUAUGGCAAUGAACCAUUGGCGCCUCAAGAAGAUUUUGUUAUUAAAACACUGGAAUGCUGGGCAUUUGUUUAAAAUAACAAAAACAACAAAACACAUAAAACAAGGAACACAAUAUAGACUUUAUUGUGUUGUGCUUCUGUGUUGAUUCAACAAUUGGAUGAUGGAUGAUGCACCUUUUCAACUGAAGCCAGCUUGUCGUGGUCAACAUCUUCAACACAAACCAACUCCACCAAAUUACAAAUAAUAACCAAGAAAAACAGAACAUCAAGCAACAGCAGCAUAAUAACUGAGUCCUUUAAAUACAACAACAACAACAUAUAUUUAGAUUAAGGAUAGCUGAUGAAAAAGAAACUCCACUUCACUAUAGAUAUGUAACUACAACAACACAAGCAUACAAGAAGACAAAGAAGGAGAAGACCUAAACCCCAUAUAAAUUAUUGAAAAUUUGAAGAAAAAAACAAAGAAGUAAACUUAAACAAGGAGAAAAAUGUAGCAUUAAUUUAAAAAAUACAUAUUUUUAUAUACAUAUAAAACCAAGAUUAGUAAAGUGCGAAUGAUGAGGAGAGAAAGACGGAAGAUAAUCUACAAAACAUUAGAAAAGGGUAAUUUUUGUUAACCCUACAACAACAACAACAACAACAAAAUGAAACUGCUGUUCUUUGAAGGUGUUUUUUAGCAAAGAAAAUGAAGAGAUAUAUUCCCCGCAAACCCCCUCCCGCAGCAAUUUCAAUUUCUUAUUAUUAACUACAACAAUAGCAGCAACAACAACAAUAAUCACCACCACCAAUUUAAAAUAUUAUUAAUAAUUAUUAUAACUUAGUACAUGCUAAUAGCCCAACUCAGUGUAUCCCUACCACCAAACCUAUCUGACUACAUACUCCUCCGGCGUUCCCUUUUGUUAAGAUUUUAAGAAAAUUUAAACGUAAUCAUUGUCACCAUUAUCGAACAUAAUAAACAUUGCCAUUAUCAUCAUCGAUUAUAAUCAUUGUGAGCAGCAGCAGCAGCAGCAGCAGCGACAUCGUAAAUUAAUUAAUUAAUCGCCCCCAUAACGUCAUCAAUCGUUUCUCAUGCAAAUAUUAUAUAUUUACACACACACACACAUUCUACUCGUAUACACCCUCCUAAAUACACACAAACAUAUACACCAACAAACGCAAUCAAGAAAUUGUGUACCAUUUGUCAUUUUUUAAUUAUGAUUUUGUUUAUGCUUUUAUUUGUGUGUCCACAACCGCUUUAUGUUUAAGUUGAAAUUUAAAAUUAAGUUUACCUGUAGACCUCUGCAAAAGAAAAACAUAAAAAAGAAAGAUCAAGAUAUGCAAAAGAAUUGAUUGAGAAAAGAAAAACAAAACAAAACAAACAUCCUAAUUUAGUAGGCAACAGAUACAUUAAAAUAAACAUUUACAACAGAUACAUUAAAAUAAACACUCGAUACCUAACAAAACGCCCACGUUUCUUUUUAAUUUUUUAUUUAUCAUUUGAGCGCCAUUAAUGUUUUCUCAAAACGAUAUUUACAAUCACGACCAGAACUAUCAUCAUUUUCUAACAGCUUGGAGAGCAAACUAAUCCAAUAACUUACUUUCUAUUUCUAAUUCAUUUGUUUUUUGUGAAACUCUAUAUGUAGUACUUUGAGUUUGUGUUUGCAACUAAACACUAAACUCCCUAAUAUUAUAAUUGUAAUUUUAUUUCUUCAAAAAUUGUUAACAUUUUUAAUUGUAAUGAAACUAAGAUGUUUGUGCAAUUCAAAAUUGUUUCAUUUUGUUUGCUAUUAUGAUAUGAGUAGACACACAACACAAGAAUUUGACCACACCAGAGAAGAAGUAGACGUUCAGAUCAGAACCCCACAAACACAUACAGCAUACAUAUGUUACAUGAAAAAAAAUAAAUGAAUGAAUACUUU